AUGAGAGUCUCUCUAUGGUUAGCGAGUUUAGUCUCCUGCACGUGGGCUCACCCGGCAGCUUUCCAUCCCUCUGGACGAGAUGACAUCUCCUUUGCCAUCACAGUGUCCUCGGCGAGCAGCUCAUCCGAACCAGAGUCGCUUCUCUUCCAGCUGAAAGCACCAACCACAACAGAAUGGGUGGCUCUCGCUCAGGGUGACCAAAUGGCAGGCGCCAAUAUGUUUCUUGUCUAUGCUUCUUCAACUUUGAAUAAUGUCACGGUCUCGCCUCGGACGGCAGUGGGCCAUGUGCCUCCGUCAUACAAACCAAACAGCCGCAUCAAACUCCUCGCGGGGACCGGAAUCAAGGAUGGGAUCAUGACAGCAAAUAUUCGGUGUGACAACUGUCUUAAAGGCCAGGGGGGAUCAAUGGACCCGGCGAGCUCUGCCACACACUGGAUCUGGGCCUACAAAGACGGAUCACCAAUGAACACAGACGAUAUUGCCAUUCGAAUUGGAUAUCAUGACAGCUUUGGCCGCGUGCUGGUUGACCUGAGCCACACCCGAACCGAUGCUUCCUCGCAGGACCCUUUCCUUGACGGUGACUUCAGCGCUGUUCGUCCCGCCGAUGGGUUAAGUGACGCUGGGAGUCUGUCUAAAAUGGCAAUCGCUCACGGCUGUCUGAUGGCCAUCGCAUUCGUUCUGCUGUUUCCGCUAUUCGCUAUCCUGGUCCCCCUGGGGGCGUUUAUUCCUAUGUCCGUAAUGAAAGUCCACGCGCCUCUCCAGGGCGUUGCACUGGCAGCGGUAAUCGCCGGUCUUGGACUGGGCGUCAAGAUGUGGACGGCGGGCGACGCACCAAUAGACGCACAUCCUAUUAUUGGGAUUGUCGCCGUCGCGGUUCUCAGUCUCUGCCAACCCGCGCUUGGGUGGCUUCAACAUCGACAUUUCGUCCGCACACGUAGCAAGAGCUGGUAUGCCUAUGGGCAUAGGUGGCUGGGUCGCAGUGCGAUCCUCCUCGGAGUAAUCAAUGGCGGGCUUGGGCUCCUUGGGGCUGGAGCCAGCUAUCCAGGACCGCUUCGGAAUGGUAUGAUUGUGUAUACGGCUGUCGCGGCUGUGGUUUUCGUGGCAUAUAUGGCUGUUCGGAUUGUGAUUACUAUUCGUACUGCGGGUGACCGCAAGGUUGUGGAUGGCGGCCCUUAUGAGAAUAUGGAUUCCGGUGAUGAGUCCUAG